AUGUCAACUUCAAUGACAGAAGAGCCCUUCACCAUCUUUCAUAAAUUCCCCCCAGAAGUCCAACUUGAGAUUCUGAGACAAUGCUCUGAAGGCGAUCUUGUUUGCCUCUCAUUAACAUGUCGCGAUAUGCAUUACCUUGCAAAACCUCUCCUCCCCGAAAAACCAGAUCUCUCCAAAGUCGAUCAACUCGGAUCUACACCAGACAUGCCCCAAGACUACAUGGACUCAAACUGUAUCUGUAGUAACGGCAACAAAGGCUGCAAAGGCGCCAGAGGAAGAAUCGUGGCCUAUGAUCCUGAUACUCAUCGCAACAGACGGCACUACUACAAGAAGAGAUAUGCCGCUUGCUACGAAUGCCGAGCCUAUCCGCCUGAACACCCUGCUUGCAUGGGAGAAAAAAGGUCAGAAAAACUCCAAAUAACCAUUGGACUACGAGAAAAGGCUUGUCAUAUGGAUAUCGAUGGUGGCGGAGAUGGGGGACGCACAAUGUUGAUAAUGAAGCAUAUCAACCAGAUGCCAGGCCGAGGAUAA